GUCGCAAAUUGCAUUUGCAACCCGGACAUGUUUGACGCUGUCAAAUGCUGUGUAUUAGUAUAUGGAUGCCCUAAGGCUGCCUAAAACUUAUUAGAAUCGUUCGAAAAAAAAUCUCAGUGGGACUGUAUUGAUUGAACGUGUGUUUUAUUCAUCAACCAAUCUGUAUUUCAGGCAUUUACUACAAACCUCGAGCAAAUUGAACGCAAUGACCGUGAUAACGCUUAUCUCAUCCAAUAAGUGCUUCGGCGGGUUACAGAAGAUCUACUCGCACAAGUCGAAGGAGUUGGACUGUGAGAUGAAAUUUGCCAUAUUUCUACCGCCGGCUUCCGAUGGGGGAUGUUUUCCAGUUCUCUAUUGGCUUAGUGGAUUGGAAUGCAAUGAAACGAAUUUUAUUCAGAAGGCAGGUGCCCAGCGGUAUGCUGCGGAUAAUGGCCUUAUUGUGGUAUGUCCGGAUACCUCUCCACGGGGAGUAUCCUUGCCGGGGGAAGAUGAUUCGUGGGAUUUUGGUAGCGGGGCCGGAUUCUACGUGGAUGCCAGUGUCGAUCCGUGGAGUAAACAUUACAAAAUGUUCAGCUAUGUGACACAGGAAUUGAUUGAUGUCAUCAACACUAAUUUUCCAACUAUACCGGACAAACAGAGCAUUGCUGGACACAGCAUGGGUGGACAUGGGGCGUUAAUUUGUGCGUUGAAAAAUCCAGGAAUGUAUAAAUCUGUAUCCGCUUUUGCCCCUAUUUGCAACCCUUCCAAAUGUCCAUGGGGUUUGAAGGCUUUUGGUGGAUAUUUUGGGGAAUCUAACAAAGAGGAAUGGAAGAAUUGGGAUGCCACUGAACUGGUAGCGGGAUACAAUGGUCCUCCACUAGAGCUUUACAUUGAUCAGGGCUCGGAGGACACUUUCCUAAAAGACGGUCAGCUGCUGCCACAUAAUCUGGUGGAUGCCUGCAAGGCAGCCCAACUGCCAUGCGUCCUCCACAUGAGAGAAGGAUAUAAUCACAGUUAUUACUACGUUGGAUCUUUCAUCGGUGAUCAUAUUGCGUAUCAUGCUAGACACUUGAAGUGAGUUGACUGACGCAAAGAUUGUGAAGACUUUUAAGGUGAUGAUUAAUGUAAUGUAAAUGUUAUUAAAA